GUUUUUAACUCAAACAAGUUCCAAGCACAUUCUAAAGGAACCACCCAAAAAAUAGAAACAAUUAAACAAACAUGGAGGUAGAGAGAGUGCAAGCCCUGUCCCAUGUAACUCUCCAUGAGCUCCCUGCAAAAUUUAUCCGACCGGCCCACGAGCAACCGGAGAACAGCAAGGCUAUCGAAGGUGUCACCGUCCCCGUGAUCUCCCUCUCUCAACCACACGAUGUGGUGGUCGAUGCAUUAUCAAAGGCUUGUAGUGAAUGGGGAUUUUUCCUCAUCACAGAUCACGGUGUCGAGCCCUCGUUGAUCGGACGGCUAAAAGAGGUUGGGGAGGAGUUCUUUAAGCUCCCACAGAAGGAGAAAGAGAGCUAUGCAAAUGAUCCUUCAAGUGGGAGUUUUGAAGGGUAUGGAACAAAGAUGACUAAAAAUUUUGAUGAGAAAGUUGAGUGGAUUGAUUAUUAUUUUCACGUCAUGCACCCUCCUAAGAAGCUCAAUCUUGACAUGUGGCCUAAGAACCCUUCUUCAUACAGGGGAGUGACAGAGGAAUACAAUGUGGAAAUAAUGAGAACAACCAACAAGUUAUUUGAACUUCUCUCAGAGGGACUAGGUUUGGAUGGGAAGGUUUUGAAUUCUUCUUUGGGUGGUGAUGAAAUUGAAUUUGAAAUGAAAAUCAACAUGUACCCACCAUGCCCACAACCUCAGCUCGCCCUCGGAGUUGAACCUCACACUGACAUGUCUGCUCUCACUUUACUUGUCCCCAAUGACGUUCCCGGUCUUCAAGUUUGGAAAGACGGUAAUUGGGUAGCUGUCAAUUACUUGCCAAAUGCACUCUUCGUCCAUGUUGGUGAUCAACUUGAGGUACUAAGCAAUGGUAAGUACAAGAGUGUUCUUCACAGGAGUUUGGUGAACAAAGAAAGGACAAGAAUGUCUUGGGCUGUGUUUGUCGUGCCUCCUCAUGAAGCAGUGAUUGGACCUCUUCCAGAGCUCAUUGAUGAGAAAAACCCAGCAAAAUAUUCAACCAAAACAUAUGCUGAGUACCGUUAUCGCAAAUUCAAUAAGAUUCCACAAUAAUUGCAUUUUAUUGAGCUGAGAGGUUGGCAUUGGAAAAGUCUAUGCUGGUUCUCGAUAUUAAUAUGUCUGUUUUUGUCCCAGUUCCACUCAAGUAUGAUUGUGCCUCUACAGAGGAACUUUCAGGAUUUGUGGGUACAGAAUUGUUUCUGGUUCAGUUCAUCUAUUGCUUUUGCUGAGAAAUUAUCUUCAUUACAGUCCAAUGUAUUGUACCCCCUGAAUGUUUCUUAAAUAAGAUUAUUUCUAUUAUUCAGUUUGAACUUAAAUUAA